AUCCUCUCAAUUUUUACAUUUCAGUCAGUCAAGGUUUUGUUAAAGUGAUUUUAUACUUUGGUAGAAAAUUAUUAUACCUGUACGAAGAUUGUGCUAAAUAGUGUAAUAUUUAAUAAUUCCUACUUUAAAUCUGUAUUAUUGCAGCAAGAAAUAUAUUGUUGAUGUUAAUACAAUAACUAUUCUUAGUUUGUGUGAAGCAACACCCGUCCCGUAAAUUUUUGUGAUUGAAAAUGGACGACCUUGUAAUGAUUGAUUUCCUUUUAAAUCUUUGAAAUAGAUAAUCUCUUCAACAUGGAUACAAUGAAUUCGCAGUUGCUCUCCAAGUCGUUGAACUUCCACGGACAGCAACUGCAGAAAUUGUGGGAGGGCGAAUUCGGCGAGAACGAUUUGGCCAGGAAAAAUGUGAAAGAGUUGAAUUUUCACGUGUACGGCCAAAGGCAGAAGAAUCUUCCCUUUCAGGACAGAGGGAAAAGGCUCAAGCUGCAGCAGUUCCUCAUAAAAAAGGCGAAUUUCAUUUACAGCUUAGAGGCUACUCAGAUUAAGAAUGGUGAUAAACCGAUCACUGAGGAUAUGUACGCGAUCCUGCCGCCUUUUGAGACUUACACUGGGGUUGAUAAACAAAAAAGAUUGCAAUUUUUUAUGGAGAAUGUUAAAGUUGGCGAUUUAAUUUUGGGCACUAUUGUAAGCAAACAGCAAUCUGGAAUGAUGUUGAAAGUAUUGUGUACGGCCAGUAUAGGUGCUCCUGUUCUCUAUGCUGCUGAUAUUAAUGUUAAAGCUUUUUGUCCAGUUGCAAAUGUCAUCCCUGCAGUAGAUAAAAAGGGGGUAACACGCAGCUAUAUGAUGAAUGACUAUGUUUGUUGUGAGGUUCUUGAAAUAAUAUCUGAUACAGAUAAAGUUGUUUGUGGCAUGAAGGGAAUUACAAGAAAGUCUUCAGAUCCAGAACAUCAUCCUGCAUUGGGUCUUAUUAGUACCGAUGAUUUUCCAAUUGUUUACAAAAAAGCACUGGAUUACAAGAAUGAAAGUUACGACACUGUGUUAGAGAAGAGCGUCGGGUUCAAUAACCCCAAUAACAUUCAGUAUUUGUCUGAAUCGAUGGACGUUGAUAAACAUCUCAGUUUCAUGUCGGGCCUCAAAUAUAAGUUUCCGGAUAACGAAUAUGCGGCCGAACUCAGGCAAGUCCAAGCGAGUAAAUGGGCGUAUCGCAACGUGGCUGACGGUAUCGACCAUUUCAAGGCCGGCAAGCACGUUGAAGCAUUUCAAUGUCUCAAUAAAGCGCUGAAUAUUGAUCCCAAGAACGUCGAAGGCUUAGUGGCCAGAGGCGCGUUGUACGCAAAUAGCGGCAACUUCCAAAAAGCCAUUGAAGACUUUGAAACCGCCUUGAAAUUGAACCCGAACCACGCCAAUGCCAGAAAGUACAUGGGUGAAACCCUUGUCGCUCUAGGCCGGAGCUACGAGGAGGAGAAUAAGAUUGAUGAAGCUAGAAAGGCCUACCAAAGUUGCUUGACCAUUAUCCCUUACCACGAAGAAGCGCAGAAUUCUUUGGAGUUCUUGAAGAACAAAACGCAACCAAAGAACUUGAUCGAACCGGCCGAGUUGCUUUUACCUGCAUUGAACGUUCCUACUAAACCCGCCGAUGUCAACGAAGCUUUGAAGCAAAUACUAAAGACCGAAGACGAAGAGAAGAAGGACAAGAAGAAGAAAAAGAAGAGUAAGAAGCGCAAAAACCGCAAGCGCUCCAGCUCCACUUCGAGUUCGAGCUCUUCCGGUAGUGGCGAAUCUUCUUCUAGCUCGUCGAGUUCGUCCAGCGAUUCGACCUCCUCCUCAGGUGAUUCAGAUUUUAAAAAGAGAAAGAAACACCGCUCUAGAUCGCACAAACGCAAAGAACGAGAACAUUCCCUGAGUCCUCUUAGUAAAAGGAUGGCUCUGAUGGAUCAAAGUCACGAAACUCCGAACACGAACUUUAACUUUAAUAAACCAGCGGCCAGCUCCAAUUUCGAUUUUAGUUUCGAACAGCCGGAACCUCCGAAACCCGCAGAGAAUGAUUACGAAGCCAAAGUUCGGGCAUUUUUAGCGGAAACGAAAGGCGAUUCCGAUUACGAGGACAAAGUGAGGAAGUUCUUGGAAGAAAGCGCCAAAUGGAAGAAGGGCAAGGGCGGCGAGGAUAAAAAAAAGAAGAAAAAGAAAGAUAAAAAGGCUAAGAAGGAAAGCAAGAAAAAGAAGAAGAAGGAUAAGUUGAAGAGGAAACAGAGCUUCGAUUUGAGCGAAUUGGAUGAUCACAAGAAAUUGAGGGAUGCCAUUAAGAAAGAAUUAAGUAAAGAAAAAAAAUCGAAAAAGCAUAGCUUACCAUCAGAUGAUGACGAAUACUUUUUGCAAAAAUCUGGCUACAGCAAGAGAUUUAUUGAUAGUUUACCAGAUAUAGAAGAGUUAGAAUCAAAAUUAAAUGCGUAUUACGCUCUAGAGAAGGACAGUAAACGCAAGGACCGCAGCGAGAGCCCCCCUAAACGUAUCUUAGACUCUCCGUCGCCCACUAGGGAGCAGAAAGCGCGGCAGGCGGUGGCCGAGGCCACCGCUUCCGUGGGCGGUACCCAAAAAUGGAAGAUGCAAAUCGGGCCGGGCACCUCUGGCAAUUCGAGGUUCAAGAAGAAGGUGCAGGACAGGCCUCCGCCCUCGACCAGCGAUUGGGGGAUGGAUAUCGAGAAACGAGGCAAGAGCAAUCGUUCAUUAGGUUCGACGGCCGAUGACUCGCCUCCGCCGAAAAAGUCAUCGCUGCCACCGUUACCGCCUACAGAGAAGGCGGUGAGCGUGCGCAAGGCUAUGGAACGGCUAAAAGAACCGCCUCCGAAAAAGCCGGAUUCGCCCAAAAAAAUGAAGCCCGCUCCACCACCAAUGAACAAAAUACCGCAGGGACAGGUCGUGCUCGAUAAGUUCGGAAACUUUAGGCUAAUGACUCCGCCGGAAUUGAAAAAAGAGGCACAACUGGCGGCAGGUCGUAGACCACCAGAGCCGCCGGGAAGGCCGCGCAGCGACAGUAGAUCGCCGAAAAGACGUAGUCGCAGCCGUAGCAAGUACAGUCGUUCGCCGAGAUCAUCGAGCGGAUCUAGAUCGAGAUCACGAAGCUGCAGAUCCAGGUCUCGAAGCUAUUACAGCAGAUCGAGGUCACGCAGCGGUUCGUAUUAUUCGCGCAGCCGCAGUCGAUCGCGCAGUUAUUCGGGCGAUCGGCGUCGGUACGUGCGCCGGGGCGGCUUCAGAGGUCGCCACAACAACGACAGAGGCACCUACUACAAGCCACGGUUCCAAAACCCAAGGCAUAACGGUCAAAGAGGUAGGGGAGGCGGUUAUUAUAAUAAUAAUAGGGAUUCCAGGUAUGGCGAUAGAGAUUAUCGUGGCAGAGGUAGGCCGUACCCUUUCCAGAACAGGGGCAACAGGCGGCAGCCGCGUGGACGGUACGGACAAAGAGGAGGGUACAGAGAUUAUAGGGAUAGAAGAUACUCACGCAGCAGGUCACGCGAUCGCGACCGCAGAAGCUCGUACAGCGGUAGCGGCAGCGACGCGUCCCCGCCCUCGAAACGCGACAGAUCCUCGCCAGCGCCCGAAAAGGAGAAAAUCAACAAAUAUUCCGACGGAGAUGCUCCGGUCAGGCACGAAGGACCGCUGUCUGAGGGCGAGGAUAGGGACGACUACAUCAGUACCGAUACUAGCAAGUUGAUCGAUAGGGAGAUCGGCGGUAAAUGGGCCGACAAGGAAGAGGGAGAGAGCCAGCCUGAACCGCCGGCUAAGAUCAGCGCUCCGCCCCCUGCGGAAGUCGGCGAAGUCAAGGAUUGAAAAAGCAAGGCAAUGUGAUGACAUGUCUGAGUAGAAUGUGUGAGGAUGCAACGUUUGUUUUUAUUCUUAAGUGUUUAAUUUUGCCUAAGUUUAUUUAAGGCAAUUUAGGAUAUAAUUAUGUAUAAAUAAUAAUUUGUAUUUCUAGUGAUAAAAAAUUAAAUUAAAAAGUUUUGACC